AUGAGCAAUAGACCAUCAUAUAUAGAACUAGAUUCUGAUGAUGAGGAAUUCGAGGAAGGUCCCAUAUUGUUUUUUGAAUCCUCUCACAUAUCACGAGUGCAAGAAUUGAUUUCGGAGUCUAUGGAAAAAAAUGGAGAAAAUUUAGAUCUUUUGGAUAUCAAGUUGCUUAAAUGGCAACAGCAUAUUCUUCAACAAUUACCUAGUGGAGUUAGUCGUCCAUCUGAGAAAAGCAUUCACAGUAUACUUAGUGCAUCUUCUGUUUUUUAUUUUCAACAAAAAAAUGAACAAACUUAUAUUAAUUUCCUAAGUUCAGAUGAAAUUAUCAAUAUAUGGACGCGUGUUGCCUCAAGUUUCAAAAAACUUACAAUUCCAAAAGAAAUAAUUGAAUUUGUGAAAGAAAAUAAAAAG